AGCUACGGAGUUUUAGUUUUUAGUAGAAAUUUUUUGAAAGUAGAGCAGAAAUGAUGACAACGCAGAGCCCACGAUGCUGUGAAGAGGAGUAACAUUACUAAUACGUUGUCUUCGACAUCAUCUUCUUCAUCUGACGACAGCUGUAUAAGUACAAACACCAUGCCACCGCCUGCGGCCGCGGCGCAAAACAUCCUCCCGAUGGAGGUGGAGGCCGACGAGGAGAACCCCGGGCGUUUGUUCAUCAAACAGGUGAUUAUCGAGGGCUUUAAAACGUACAAGCAGCAAACCCCCCUGCCGAUCAACUUCCACCCGGGGAGCAACAUCGUCGUUGGUAAGAAGGAGAAUCAUAAGUACCUUGUAAUCUUCAUGCGCGAUCUGCUUCGAUGGCGUCUUCUUUCAUGCUUGAGUUAGUGUUUUCCAUGCUGAGGCUGAUCUGGAAGACCGUGCUACCUUGGGUUGUUCAUGGUGUUAAACCUAAAUGAAAACUCCUUAACACAAAUCGUAGUAGAGAACAGCAAAAUCGUCUCCAUUCAGGCUUCAACGGUUCCGGAAAGUCGAAUUUUUUCAACGCGAUUUUGUUCGUGAUCUCGGACGAAUUUGGGCAACUGCGGCCGGAGAUGAAGAAAACGCUUUUGCACGAGGGCGCGGGCUAUCAACUGCAAACAUGUCUGGGUCUGGAAGAAUGCAGAGAUUUUUCAUGCAUUUUUUGGAGGACCUCGACCUGCACCUGCAAGAAAGUCUGGAUCUGGAACGCACACCGAGUAUGUAUGACUAGAAGAUCCCAUCCAUGCUUACCCCGCAUGAGAACAAAUGAUCCCCUCCUGUCCAGGGGGCAAAAACAAAAAGCGCACGAUGCACGAAAGAAUUGUUUUAUCAAUCUACUCCAGCCUGGUCAGCACCACCACAAUGUUGAUGUUUCAGACCCCCAGCGAUUUUUGCAAUGCAUACGGGCCAGCAGGUUCUGACCGCAUACGUGGAAUUGGUGUUCUGUAACAAGACAUCAAAGUGAAAAAUCCCCUCUCCCCAUAUCAAAAUGGAAGUUUGCGAUUCUGAUUUGUGGUCACAAAUCACCUUCGUCUUGCCUAUAGGGUCAUAGGAGCCCGGUGGCGUAUUCUACAGCCAGUCUGUAAUGCGCUUUCGACUACUGCAAACCUGUUGGCCAUGCCUCAUUGCUAGCCUUCUGCACGCCCGAACAGGCUUAGAAAAUACCGCCAAGCACUUACUGCAAGACCAGUCUGAUUUGUGGCCACAAAUCAGCAUCAGCAUCACAAAAAAUCACCAUUAAUUACAAAUUUCCGUUUUGAUGAUCUGGGGAGAGGGGAUAAUUUUUCCUCACAAUACAAGAGCGGCAAGCUGCCCAUCCCGAAGGAGGAAGUGAAACUGCGGCGAGUGAUCGGGCUGACCAAAGACCAGUACAUUUUAGACGGGAAGUAUCGCAUGAAAAGAUGAAAACUGUGUGAUUGUACCUCUGUGCUUGUGUUGUAAUUGACCACGAUAGAAGUCGUGCAAGACUGCAGCUAUACUUGUCACACUGGAUAAGGAUAUGCAUCAUAGGCCAGUUCUUUCAUACGUGUUUAUUUCACAUACUAGCUCCUACAUAUGAGAGGCGUUUUUUGAUGCAAAACAAGUUUGUGAUUUCUUUUGGUUUAGGCAAGAUAGUUACAUUCCUCACGCGGCAGUUUUUUUCUUGGAUAGGAGGCAGAUCACCAAGUCUGAGGUUUUCAACCUGCUCGAGUCCGCGGGGUUUGCUAAAAACAAUCCGUACUACAUCGUGAAGCAGGGCAAAGUGCAGGAAAUGACGGUGAUGUCGGACGAAAAGCGGCUGUCGCUAAUGCAGGAGAUCUAUCCAAUGAUAAUGCAUAAGCACCAUCGCUGCACUCUCAGUUGUACUUGGUAGCAUGCAUGAUACAAAUCUUUGAUAUGGUAAGUCCGUCUCCGAAUUAAGUAUACACAUUAACAUUUUUUGCCACGCGGUCGGAGCCAAUUCCUAAUCCGAUUUAUGCUAGAACUACAAGUAGAUGAAAUAGUACGAUGGGUGUGGUGGAUGCUUUGGCUUUUGCGAUGCAUAAAAUCGCCGGCGUAACUAUUUUCGACGAGCGCAAGGAGCAGUCGCUCACGAAGAAGGCGGACAUCGAUAUGGAGGCAUCUGGUUGGAAAUUCACAAAAGUGAAAGACAAAGAAUUUGUCAUGCAUAAAAUAAUCGGUAACCGUAGAACGCGCCGUUAGACUAAGAGGCGCAUGACAAAUUUCGGAAGCGUCGACAUUCAAUCUGUCAACCUGUUUGGAGCGAACAAGAAGCCUUUUUGCUUUGUCGUGCUAAUUCGCAGCUCUAUAUUUGUAUUCUGUGUGCCUGUUCUCCGCAAGACAGGCGCUGCGUGCCUCGCAUAUUAUGCAUCGCAAACUACUUCGAUAUAUCAUUUUCCACUUUGUCGAUUUCCGACGUGCCACUCCGAUAACCCAGAAGCGCAAGGAUGAAAACCAGCGGAAGAUUGACACCAUGCAGGAACGGGUGAACGAGCUGGCAAAGGACCAGAAGGAGCUGCUUGAAUUCCAAAAACUGGACCGCAUGGAGCGGGCUCUGGAGUUUGUGGACGCCGUGGAGACUUUCAAGCAGGCGGAGAGGAGAAUCACCGAGAUCGAGCAGGAACUUGCCGCCCUCGGUUCGUCCGCCAGUGAGGCGAAGUUGGCGGACCUGUCCGCGUAUCAAAUGUAAAAAUGUCUGGGUCUGGAAGAAUGCAACUUGUGAUGCUGCGUUUCGAUGUCUAAAAAAUUUGUGUUGCAUGAGCAGCAAAAGGAAUCUAAUUUUUGCUACGCGGAGAGGGCAUUUGUCAUGCGGAAUGGGCAUCAAGAAUCCCUCAAAAAACCUGUGAUGCUAGGGCAUGCAUUACGGGCAUCAUGGGUCAUGAGAAAUAUGCAUGACAAAUCUUGCAUUCUUCCAGACCCAGACAUUUUUGCAUUUGAUACCGCGCAGAGGGACGAGCUCGUGGGGGAACGGCAAAAGUGGAACGACGCUUUGGUGAACACAAGGGGGAUAUCAAAUGCAAAUAUGUCUGGGUCUGGAAAGUUGGAACUUGUAAUGCUAGCUUUACAUUCCUGGGGAAUCUGUAUUGCAUGACCGACAAAUAAAGCCGUGCCCAUUUCUGUCAUGCAAAUAAAACGCAGUUUCUCAUGCGGGGUGCCUAUGAGAAAAUGCUCCGGAAAGUUGUGAUGCUGGUCUGCAUUCGGAAGUGUUUCCAUCAUGCACAUUUUAGCAUCACAAGUUUCCAGACCCAGACAUAUUUGCAAUGCAUAGGCGAGUAAAGACGAUUACGAAAAGCAGCUCGCCAACGCGGACUCAUUCCUGGACAACGUUAUGCUUUGGAAAGAGUUCUUGUACUAACUAAUAUCCUCGACCUCGUACUGGUAGUAUGAAUUCGAUUUUAUUUGCAAACAAUAAAUUGGCGGCCCUACCAGCUCCAGCAUGAUGUUGAUGACUAUGAGAAAGGGAAUUAGUGCGGAUAAUGUACCUGCUUAGGAAAGUCUUUGUCACGCAGGAUUGCAGGUAGAAGCAUAGUACGAGUGCGAUGUAGAUACUUUUGCAAAAAUGCAUAACCGUGGAGAAAGAACUAAAAGCCGCGGAAGAGACGAAAAAGUUGGAAGAGAGCAAUCUGAAGCAGUUCAGCGACAACAUCCUCGAGUAUGAAGAAAAGAUCAAGGAUAUCGUAAGGAAAAAUCCCUUCUCCCCAUAUCGAGACGAAGUUUCUGAUGCUGAAUUUCCGUACACAAAUGCGCUCUGUCUUGCAGUAAGGCAUCGCAGCCAGAUCUUCAGCCUAGGUAAGGCGGUUUGGGUCUAGUUGUUUAGCAUUGCAAACGGCUGCCCCCUAGGCCAAACAGCAUGCCGAAUCGCUUCCAUAGUGGCGCGGAGCCCUCUGCUCUUGUCUUCUAGCAAGACAGACGCGAUUUGUGGUGUCAAAUCAGCAGCGCAAAUUUUCGGAAGCAUACCUUUUCGAUAUGGGGAGGGGGGACUUUUCCUCUCGAUAAAGGAGUGCAGGAAGAAGCUUGCCGAGGAGGUCCGGCCCAACAGCGAAGCGCUCGAAGGCCAGCUGGACAAGAUCGGCGUGCGGUACACCAUCCUAAAUACAAAGUUGCGGAUGCUGCAGUCCAAGCAGAACAACCGGAAGCAGUACAGCAGCAUUGCGGAAAGAAACAAGGAUUUGAAGGAAGAGAUAAAAAACGCCGAGAAAAGCCGGCAUAUGGAACAGCGCAAAAGUGGUAUCGUACUUACUUCUCAGUUGUUGUACCAUUUGCAUAUACUUACCAUGUUUUCCAAAUUAUACAGGAAAAGUAGAUAUUGUUAGUUUACCUCGUCAGAGAAGCGAGAUUUGUCAUGCGUCACUGCCAGAACUACUGCGAGUGCGACACAACUUUUGCGGCGGAUAAAGCAGGACAACCAGCAAAAGUUGGACAAGGCAGGCCGGUACGCAUUGCGAAUAUGUCUGAGUCUGGAUUUGCGAUGCGAAAUUGGUAUGACGCGACCCUCUAGAGGAUACUUGCUAUGCGUUUGUCUUGUAGUACAGCGGAUCGGUUUCUCAUGCAACAUUCAGCUACCUGUACCAGUACCUCUACCUAAUGCCAAAAAAAUUGUCGGCCUCGACUUUCAUUCCCGACACAGACAUGUUUUCAAUUGAUAUUCGCGAGGAAAAGGAGGUGGUGAAAAGCCUAGAAAAGGCACAGAAGGAGCUUAUGCCGUGUGAAAACUACGUACCUACCCGAAUUUUAUGCUAGCGAUGGAUCAUGCAAGUAGUUAUUUUAAUUUUGUACGCACGACUCGUCACGUAGCCCAACCAAAGUAGGAAUAAUUUGUCAAGCGGAAGAAGAUGAUUUGGCAGAGCAGCUCUUGCAAGCUGCGCAAUAAAAGAUCCACAUCGCGAGUUGAUUCCGCUCUCGCGGGUACUAGUUCGGAACGUUGUUUUGCCACAGGAUAGACCAGAAAGAGUGCGAGGACGCACGGACGAAGCUUGUCCACGAGCGACAGAACCCGAAAAAGGACGAAAGAAGAAAGAUACAAGCGCACUUGCAGGAACUGUAUGCAAGGCAAAGCUACUGUCGUGUCUGGGUCCAGAAAAUUGGGCUAUUGGUCGGGGAAUAAAUUAUAUCACGAGGGCUGCUCCUCAAUCGACGGCUAUUAGCAUGACAAGGAGUGCUAGGACGACUUGGCUACUAUAAUUCUGCAUGACAAACUGCGACUUUGGCUGACAGAAAAGGGGAGUUUGCUGCUGGGUAUAAUGCGCAUGACAGACUUGACACUCAUGCUAGCCAAGCCUGACAGACCCAGAGGACAUAUAAUUUGCAAUCCAUAACCUGGACGAGCAGGGCGCCGAGCUGAAACGAAAUCUCACGAAGAUAUGGAAGCGUCAGGUUUGAAAUCGUCAAAGUUGAAAUGAUUUGUCAUGCAUAAAUUGGAUGCCAGUGGGAGCCCAGUUCCCCAGUGGCGCAUGACAAAUUUCGGUGGCGCCUAAAUCCAGUUUGUCACGCUGUUUGGGUAAGGAAGACGCCUUUUGUCAUGCUACUUUAGCAGCUCUAUUGCUACCCCGCAACAGGCUCACAAUCUGCCUCACUUGCCUACUCUGCAAGACAGGCACUCUGUGGGCUGCAUUUUAUGCAUGACAAAUCAUUUCAACUUUGUCGAUUUCGAUUCUGACACAUCCAUAGAAGAGAGACAUCGCCGUGAAGAAGCAUCAGGAAGAUCUGCAGGGAAUCGAUCGUUAUCCACGUGUGCAAAAGUAUAGUGCUAUCGCAGGUCUCGUACUACUUGCAAGCUGUGCAGCCACUUCUUUCCGCGUGGUGACAAUUUAUCCUGCUCGCCUCCUAUAGAUACGAUUACGAUAGUAAAUCUAAAGCUAAAUGAUCUAAAUCUAAAUAGUCUAUCAGCACCAACACGAGGAAAGAAUGCUGUGUGUUUGUCCUGCUGAAAAAAAUGCAAAUGAAGAUAGAAGUACUUCAAGCGCGGUCUAAACUUUUGCAAAGGAUAAUUGGGCAAUUUACAACAAAAUGGGUUGGAACAACGCCGGGAAAUGCAUGAUACCAACUGCAAACAUGUCAUCUCAGUCGUCUGGAAAUCGGCUUUGCCGCAGCUUGUCGACGUGAAGAGUGUAGAAUGCACGGUCUCGCAUGUCGACGACAAUUGUAGUUGCGUAAUGUGCAACAUGAGAAAUAACUGCCGUUUUCCAUUUUCUCAAGCGAACAGAGCUUGAAAAUGUUUUCGGCAAAAGUCGUCUUGUCCUUACAAACCAGAUGAACGUCAGAGGAUUCUUCAUUUAAAAACGCGUCCUCUUGCUACAGACAAAUGUCCUUCCAGACGACCGAAAUCCUCGAUCUUUUCCAUGCAUAAAUGAGAAUUCUGGAGGAAAAACUUCGCGGGGAGAACACGAAAGGCGUAAACCUCACGCACCUACGGGACAAGAUCUACGGAAAAAUUCUCGAUCAUGUCGAGGUGCCAGAGGCCUACAAGUACUUACUUGCUUCUAUAAUAUUGUACAAAAUUCUUCAGUACACGAACUCAUAGAUGCGGGAAGUUUUCACCUUUCUUCCCUCGAGUUGGUUUUUUGUUUUGACGGUAAAAAAUUUAAAUUUUGCAAAGGUGCGUUGCAGCUCGUGCAUUGUGAAAAUGGGAAAAUGGAACUAUUCAGGUUGUGCGUGGAGCUCCAGUUCAGAAGUGUACUGAUGUGCGUCCUGUGCGAAACUUAUCCCGUGUGAGAACCACCUCAACCGCAACAAGGUCUCGACGACUCUCAUGCCGUGAAUCUCUUGAUGCGGCAACUCAGUCGGUUUCUCGAGGCAUGAUAGAUGAGGCAGUACUAGCUGUCGCAGGGGCGUCACUUUUGGUUUUGCUAUGAUGGAUGUCAUGCAUUAUCCUGUUCCCAACGCCAACACUUAGCAUGAAAUGAAGUAUUCUUGCGCAAGAUGUUGAAAUGACCAUCAUGUCGAGCAGCGAAACACGUGCGAGUUGGUACUUCAACCUGUGAUAAGUUCGACGCGGUGGCGCACGAGAUUAGCGAGGCUUGCCGCGUCGAGGAGUGGGGGCGGCUGGAAGCCAUUUCCAUGAACCAAGAAGACCCUCCCAAGCCAAUAAAAUACCCCAAAGGCAAGAUGCCGGACGGAUCGGACCUGGAGGCCGUGCCCGCACUGGACGUGGUCAAGUAUCCGGAUUGGUUGUCGCGGGUAAUCUAUCCUGAGGAAAAACAACAUCAGUACUUCUACCGUACCCAUAGCCGGCUAUCUGAGCCAAGAAGUACUUAGUCAAAUGCUGCGCAUGACCAUGAUGAUAGAUGACAAAGGGCUGGCACCUUCGCAGUGUUGUCUAUACGCACUUGCCUUCUAGUACAGAGGAAAAAGCAAGUUUUUGGUCCUAACAUUGGUAUGAGAAACGCUUAAACCUGAUAGUUGUACAUUAGAAAUCUAUUUCUUGCCUGUCAUGUGCCUGUGCUGACGGAUCAGAGAUUUCCUGGACAUCAUGCAGGGCGGCAUUACAAAUACAAGAGGUGCGCGUGGUGAAUGCGUUUUUGCCCAGGAUAUACCGGGAAACCGGCUUCGAGGCUGGAUGAUCUGCAAAGACAUGAUAUCAACCAAAAAUAUCCAUUGCAGAUGUGUCUGGGUCUGGAAAAAUGCGUCAAACUUGUGAUGCCAAUUCUGCAGAACAAAAAAAACUAUGCGCCCAGAAUUGCCACUUUGCGAAAUAAACGAUGAACUUCCCACGUCGGUAGGCAUCGGAUGCGGAAAGCAUUCGUCAGACUUGCAAUACUUUUUUGCGCGUGCGCAUUCCAGCCCAUUUUUUUGGUAGAGAACACGCAUGGCAAACAGUCGCAUUCUUGCAGGCCGAGACAUUUUUGCAGUUGAUAAAAAAAGUCGACUAGCGUGAUUUGGAUUGUGACGCACCACCGCAUAAUUCUUGCAUAGGACAGGAGGCAGAAAUCGCGACCACCAGCAUGCAUGCUGAGCAACGCAGUAAGGUCGAAGUGAUCGUCCGGCCGCAAAAAUUGCAGCCUUGCCGAACAGCAACACAAAUUUCGCUCUGACACUUUUUCGUGUGAUACACCAAGGUCGCAACCUACAUCGCAGAAAAUUACAGGAUGUAUCAACUGUAAAAAUGUCUGGGUCUCUAAACUUGUAAUGCUAAAAUUGAAUGAUAGACGCACUGCAAUGCGCAGCUAUGCAUCACAAAUUUUUUGGCUGCCAUGUCUUACGUAUUCCACGUGGCAAACUGCGUUUUUGCAUGACAGGUCAGAGGGCCUUUUCGUGCCUAUGCAACACAGAUUCUCGAAUCAUGCCAGACAAGCAUGAUAAACUUGCACUCUUCAUCCAGACCCAGACAUUUUUACAUUUGAUACGAUGAACGCAAUUACGCUCCAGGGUAUUUUUUUCUCCAACAAAAAAAUGACUUUACAUCCUUGCUUUUCUUUUUUUAUUUUUUCAUGCAGAAAACGAAAGACGAAGACCGGAUCCAAUUCCAAUGUGACACCAGUUGUCGAGUGAUAAUGUCACAGUCAGAUCACCCGAUACGCACAUUGGUAUAAAUAUGUUGUCAUAUUAACAUUAACAACACUCCACGACAGGCGACAAAGAAUUUGCUUCGGGGGAGAUGACCGGGGGUUGCGUUCCCGCACACGUCGGCGACAUGUUGCGAAAACAAGAGGAGAAGGUGAAGCAGACAGAAGCGCUGCAGAUCGAGCGCGACGCUGCGAAGCACUUGCAGAGCAAACUCCAGGAGAAUGCAAAGGAGCGGGAGAAAACGAAGGCAAGCUUGCAAGCGCUCUCGGCCGCCGAGGAGCUCGACGGCAUGGAGUGGCAGCAACUGACGGACAGUAUGCACUGCAAGUUAUCCUCGGUCUGGGUCGUGAAACUUGUGUUGCUGAUACUUGCAUUGCAGGGUGUCUGCUUGCGCCACGGCAUAACAGCAUGGGAAGCUUUCCUCAGCUUCUUGCGGAUCCAUUCGAUAUAAAGCACGACAAAAAAUUGGCCAAUCGUGUUCAUGCGUUACAUACAGAUCUUGUUGUCCGUGAAGCUCCGCAUCACAAGUCUAGACCCAGACGUAUCCUUGCAAUGCAUAGACAAAAAACGCGAUCUGAGCAACACGAUCGGAAACUUGUCGAACCAGAAGCACGCGCUGCACCGCGACAGACAGCUUUUUGAGCAGAAGGAGCAGGAGUUGCAGCAGGCCAUCGAGAUGCGGGAGAAGGACAUGAAAUCCAAAGAGAUCAACGGUCUCACUGAGGAGGAGCUCGAGGAACUGAAGGUAAAGGAGAAGGAGUUUGAGGAAGUGCAAGAAGAGGAGCGGCAGCUAAAGGAGAAAAAGGAGGAGGCGCAGACCGCACUGAAGAAGCUGGAAGUGGAACUGAAGGAGACGGAAAAACAGCUGACAAUGACCGAGGAAAGCAAAGCUCGGAUCGAGACGGACCGAGACCACGAUAACCGAAUACGGGACUGCAAGCAAAGGUUAGAGGACAAAACCAUAGAGCGGCAACAGGUCGCGCAGCAAGCGGAAGACACCUUCAAAAAGGAACAAGGCUUAAACGAGCUCUUCAACCUAUGAAACGAUGAAAAUAUGAUCAAACUGUCUCUAGUUUUUGGUUCCGAAGACUUGUAUUUGUUCAUCUUCUGGAAGUUGAUUUUCUUUCAUGCAGUUCGUUGCUUCAUCUUGUAAUGGUCGAUAGAAUCGAAAAUAAUUAAUAGGACCCCUGUAAUCUACUACUUCAUUUUUGUUUCUCUUGCUCGUUAAGGAUGCACCUGCAUCCAAAAUUGAAAUUUUGCGAAUCGUGUGAUGUCCAGAAGACUAGAAACGGAGAGAAAUUUUUUUCAUCCUGGAUACCACGCUACCACGAACAAGCUGAACGACCUUCUGGAGGAAAUUGAGACCAUUCGCCACGAUGCCGAAAACGCCAUCGGCAAGCGAAACGAACUGGAGGACGAACGCAGAGACAGCUUCUUGAAACUGCAGCAGGCCGACGAGAAGCGGCGGAAUUUCACCGCCACCGGUAAGGAGGUGGAGCAUAUCAAACUGAAAAAAGCCCCCUAUCCCAUAUUCAAGAGACAACUUGUGUUGCUGGAUUUGUGUAUAGUACAAACACAAAUGAACUUUAUAUUGCAGCAAGAGCUUGUCGGCAUAUUCGAAGCCCAUUUGGGCACACAUCCGGCCAGCGGCUGAAACAAGUCUGACAUAGGCAAAAACGCAUGACAGACUUGCUGUGUAAUGCGCCGCAACCACAUGGAUGCCGUUAGCCUCGUACGCAAGACAGAGCUGAUUCGUGGUCACAAAUCAGCGUCACAGAUGUGCUUUUGUAUGGGGAGGUGGGAUUUUUCCUUACGAUAGAGGAGUUUGAGAAGAUGGACCGCAAGCAACGGAUGCGGAAGCAGGUCGACAUCAAACGGCGGAUGAAGCACUUCGAGGGGGUGAACCGGAAGGCGCUGGAUCAGUACCGAAAGUACUACGAUAUGGUGGCGCAGAUGACCAAAGACAUGGUACAGAUCAACAAGGAACACAAAGCGAUCGAAGACUGGAUCGCGAAGAUAGAUCAGGAGAAACACGUCACCCUGGCAAAAACCAUCGACAAGGUGGACAAGCAUUUCCAAGAGUGCUUCCGAACCCUGGUGCGCAGCGGCGACAGCCGGUUCCGGGUCAUCAAAAAGGACAGCGAGGCGGGUAUGAUGUAGGACGGAUUUUUAUUUGUUCUUGUUUGAUGAUGCAAUGUUGACUACAACUGCCGGUUGAGAAGGAAAGCGAAUGAUUUGGAUAUUCAAGUUUGGAUAUUUUCAUGCUACAAAUCAGCCUCUACCGGAUAUUCAUUUUCAACAGGUCCUGAUCCAAAGUAAGCAGUGUACAACCUGGAACUGCAAAGUUGCAGCUCCGAUACAACAUACCAAAACACUCAAAAUCAACAGUUACUGGCGUUCGCGUGGAGGUCGCUUUUACGGGGAAGAAAGCGAACUACCUGCCCAUGAACCAGCUUUCCGGUGGCCAGAAGACGGUUGUGGCGCUCGCCCUGAUCUUUGCGAUCCAACGGCUCGAGCCCGCCCCGUUUUACUUGUUCGAUGAGAUUGACGCAAAUCUGGACACCAUGUACCGUUCCUCAGUCGCCUCCCUGAUAAACAAAGAAGCGGAAAAUUGCCAGAUGAUCCUCACUAUGCAUUGCCAAAGUUAAUAAUAGUACUCGAUGUCGCACAAUUGCACUACGAAAAAGAAAAGAAAUACCAUGCUAAAUCAGUGUGCUGAAGCAGGUAAUUCCUGUUCUGUAACAAUGCGUUCCAACGAAGCACAUGUGUUGCAUAUUUUGCUAUAGAAAUCCAGUUCGUUGUGCGACAUACUACGUUUACGUACAGCGAAGUUUUGCAGAGGAUCCCGACCACCUUCCGCCCCGAACUGAUCGAAGGCGUAUGACACUGCACAACUUCCCCUCCUCCUCAUUUGUAUUGCAUGAACAGCAAUAGAAACGCCAGCGACCCUGGAGUCUGUGCGUGACAAAUUUAUGUGCAGCCGACUGUAGUACUGUUUGGGCUUUCGAAAUUUGUGAUGCAAACAUUGCCACAGGGAGGCGACCGGAUUUCGCAUUUUGCAUGACAAAUGAGGGGGCGGGGGAGAAGUUGUGCACUGUCAUAAGGCGCAAACCGCUUCUACCGGGUCUACAUGAAAAACCGCACGAGUCGGAUCGAUUGCGUCACGAAAAAAGCGGCCAAGGACGCUAUUGCAGCGCAGACAAGAGCGGAGGGGCUGGACAAUUAGAGAUAGAAGUUCUUGCUGGUUGGAAGUCCUUUUUUGAAUAUCAAACGGGGAAAGACGCUGCGGUUUUUCUUGAACGCCAAAGGCGCGUUUUCCCGUAGAAAAGAAGCAGUAGAAGUAAGUACUCAGUCACCCAUUCGCUGGCUGACGCCCCAAAUAGAGUGAAAAGUACGUAUCAUGAUUCAAGCGACAUAUACAAAAAGCGACUACGAACCGAGAACGAAUAAAAAGCAACGCAAACUACGCAAACAGUAUACAAAAAGCGAAUUCGCAGAAGCUGCCUGCUCAUGACAGUACAGAAUACAAAGCGAGAAGAACUUUAAUAACUGUGAUUGUCCAGUGUGAUAUUUCAUUUCGUGGCACCGCAAAGCCGGUGGCCGAGACGAAACUAGA